AUGGCAACCAAAGACCGCAUAACGUGCCACAUCCUCGACACAUCCAAAGGCCAGCCCGCGCGCUCCGUGCGCGUCAAGCUAGAACUUCUCUCCCCCACCACCACCCAACACCAACAACAACAGCAACCAACCAAAGUCUUCGAAUCCCUCACCGACGAAGACGGCCGCAUCAAGACGUGGCUCCCUUACUCCUCGGCGCUUUCUUCGGGAGAAGUGCCCGUCUACACGCUUGAGGAUGUGCUGGUCAACGACAUCAAGGGCCCCUCGCGCUGGAUGUUGCGGUUCGACACGGCCGGGUAUUUCGGCGGCGAGGACAAGACGUUCUUCCCCGAGGUGACGGUGGUGUUUAGGGUGGAGGAGGGGCAGACGUAUCAUGUCCCUUUGCUGUUGGCGCCUUAUAGUUAUUCGACUUAUAGGGGGAGUUAG